AUUCCUUUUUUGCCGAUAGCACGAGCAAAGUCGGCAGCCAUUGAGGUAGGUCUGCAGCUGGCUGAAAAUCAGUCGAUGCCGCUCAGUGGCACAUCAUGAAGAUCACAAUAGAGCUUGAGAUUCAGCCGGAUGAAGUGGGCCUCGCUUCGGAGCUCCUCAGCACGCUGCGGACGCUCACCGACCAUGUGACGGUCAAGCCUGCGGCCUCGGCGCCCGCAGCCAACGGUGUCGCCCCCGCGCCAGCUGCGCCCGCCGCACUGGCACCAGCGCCCACGCCUGCCCCUGUGGCGGCGCCCGCCGCGCCAGCGGCAGCUCCCGCCGCGGCCGCUGCUGCCGCGCUGCCGCCGCUGCCACCAGGCGUACCGCAGGCCUUCACCUCCAUUGUGCCGCGCCUGGGCAACCCCGCCACGCAGCUGCAGGCCAUUGCGGACGCUGUGGCCACGCUGUCAGGCGCUGGCGAGCAGACCGACACGGCCAUUGAGGACCUGGUGGAGGCUCUGGACGCGCAGGUGUUCCAGUCGCCCGACGUCAUUGGCAACCCCGCGGGAGUGAUGCCCUACAUGGCUCUGUACCAGCGGCUGCCCGAGGACCUGCAGCCGCGCCUGCGCGACAAGCUGGUGCCGCGCGUGCUCAAGGCGCUCACCCGCAAGCGGCCCAUCAACGCCGACCGCACGCAGUUCUUCCUGUACGCAGACGCCUUCGCCACGCUGGUCAAGUUCGAAGCGGUGGCCAUGCCGGGCGCGGUCCAGACGCUGCAGCGGCUGCUGGGCAAGCAGGACACCCGCUGCGCCGGCAUCACCAUGCUGGGCAAGACCGUGGAGUACUGCGGAGAGCAGCUGCUGCGGGCGCCUGAGGCCACGCUGGGUGGUCUGUGGCGGGCCACGGAGGGCUGCACGGAGGAGGCGUUCCGGUACGACCUGCAGUACAUCUUCACAACACUGCAAGCCCUGCUGCCGCCCAACUCGCCUCUGCCCGGCCUGGGCGCCGCCCCUCCGCCGGAGCCGGAGGCAGCCGGCGCGGCGCCCGCCGCCGCCCCCGGCGCCGCGGCCUCAAGCGGCCCCGUCGCCGCGCCCGCGGCCGCCGCGGCGCCGCCCGCCACCAACCCCACGCUCAAGUCGGUGCAGCACGUGGGCGUGUACUCGGGCCACGCCAGCAAUGUCUUCACGCUCGCCUACGACGCCGCCAACGGCGCGCUGGCGUCGGGCAGCCAGGACGGCCACGUGAUUGUGUGGGGGCCGGACGGCCAGCCCGCCAACCGCAUGGACUUCUCCACCCACUUCAUCUGCUCGCUGGACUUCCUGCCGCGCACCGGCACGCUGCUGGCGGCCGGCGUGUCCACCGACACCAGCGGUCUCAUGCCCUCCUGCGUCGCCACCUUCUCGCCGCCAGCCGGCCGCGCCCGCGGCGUGCCCUGGCCGUCGCGCGGCCGCGUGCCCAGCGCGCGGCCCGGCGGCAUGAUGAGCUUCGCGCGGGCUCUGGGCGGCGAGGGCGAGCUGAUGGCGGUGGGCGAGAAUAUGAGCGGCACGGCUCUGGCCACCAACGCGCCCGGGCAGGACGUGGUGUCGCUGUACGACCUGGCCCGCGGCUCGCCUAUGGAGCAGCUGCAGCCGCUGCUGAUGUGGGCGGAGCACCGCGACAUGGUCACGUGCGGCAGCGCCUGGCACGCCAACCCGCACGUGUUCGUGAGCGGCGGGCGGGACUACUGCAUCAAGGUGUGGGACACGCGCACGCCGCAGUCGGUGGGCGAGUUCGGCACGCUGGACAGCGCCAGCGGCCGCGUCAUGGCGCACACCGACAUGGUCACGUGCCUGGACACCACCGACUCGCUGCUCAUCAGCACGUCCACGGACGCGUCCAUGUGCGUGUGGGACUUCCGCCAGCUGUCCAUGGCGCACGGCACGGCGGCGGCGCAGCUGGUGAAGAUGCAGAUCGACCAGCAGCCCUGCCUCAAGGCGGCGGUGUCGGGCGCGCCGCACUCGCGGCUGGCGGCCAUCAGCACCUACCAGGGCCUGUACGUGAUGGACCUGACCGACAUGACCGCGCCCGCCACCCUCAUGGUGCCGCCGCUGUCCGACGGCCGGCCCUUCGUCUACUACCACGACAUCCGCUGGGCGGGCGCCCCCAACGCGCCCGGCCAGCCGCUGCUGUUCGGCGCCAGCGCCGACCCGCGCAUCGACCUGUUCAGCGUCAGCUUCUAGGCGCCGCCGCUGGGCAGGCAGGCCCCUGGGUAGGCAGGCGUCGAGGCGGGCCUCUAGGCAGGCCUGUUGGCGCCGCAGCUGGACGGCCUGAGGCGGCUGGGGUCGAGGGGCUGCAGUGUGGCGGAGCAGGGCUACGGUCGAGGGUUGGUGUGAGGUUUGGUGACGGCCUGAUAGGGCGAUGCAGGAGUAGGGGAGAUGGAGGUGUGUGGAGCUAGGAGGCGGGCUGGCGGGGACGCAGGAUGGCGCUUCGCCUGUGUGGCAUGCAAGGAUGCAGCGGCAUCACAGAUGGUAUCGCAGAUGGAUGGAGUUGGAGGGUCGUUGGGUUCAGUCACGGACCAGUGCUGCGACAGGCUGAGAGUGGACGUCGGGUGGAGGUACUAGGGAUGAGAGGUGUGACCUGCGAAGGCGGGGGCGCGGGGCCAUGCGCAAGACAUGUGCCGCCACCUCCCUGACCCGGAUAACGGCAAAGCUGCGCAGGUGUAAACCAUGUUGUAUUU